GUUGUUUGCUUCCACUAAAGACUGUUUUGAUAGAUUGCACAUACCUCACAUUUCACACACUUCCUACCUGCAGUAAACUAUAUUGCUGUUGAGGAUCACCACAGUUCACACACCUUCUGACUCGCCAAGGAGCCUCCCCUUUUGUCUGCUGUGGCUAUUGGACUCCACAUUAAAUCAUUAACCACAUCGAUAUGAGGACUCCAUCCAUAACAUCCUCAGAUUGAGAAACAGCACAAUAAACACCAGGGUUGUUGUUCAAGUAGAAGGACCCUUUCUUUUUUUAUAUAAAUAGGCGCCUCAAGAAAACAACCGAUCACAAACUGAUUGAUUUCUUUCUCCAAUCCCUCUGGCUGGCCUGCUGCAGACUGUUACAACCGAGAUUCAAUCAGCUCCGGGUCAGAAAAGUUGACCAUUAACCUCUCUUACUGAUUGCGAGCACAACUCCAAUUGUAAGCAGCUGAGUCCAUGCAGUGGAUCCUGUAGCAAAGUUCACUAUCACUGACAAGAAGUUUGUAAAACGACAGGAGCUUGCUUCUUUUUCUCUGGACUGGUCUUCUAUUAUUUCAGUUUUUGCCAUUUUUAUAGGACUAAAUCUGCAGCCAUGGCUACAGCAAGUUAUGGAUACUACCGAGGGACUAUAUUUCUGGCCAUGUUCAUCGGCUAUACGCUGUACUACUUUAACAGAAAGACUUUCUCAUUUGUGAUGCCGUCAAUCAUGCAAGAAAUUAAGCUGGAUAAGGAUGACCUGGGCAUGAUCACCAGUAGUCAGUCUCUGGCCUACGCUAUCAGUAAGUUCAUCAGUGGCGUGCUUUCGGACCAGAUCAGCGCCCGCUGGCUCUUCUCAAUUGGCCUGUGCAUGGUGGGAGGCAUCAACGUUGUCUUCUCCUGGUCCUCCACCGUCGCUGCCUUCUCUGCCCUGUGGUUUCUCAACGGCCUGGGCCAGGGCCUCGGCUGGCCUCCCUGUGGCAGGGUUCUGCGCAAGUGGUUUGAGCCUUCUCAGUUCGGCACAUGGUGGGCAAUUCUCUCCUGCAGCAUGAACCUGGCUGGCAGCUUGGGCCCCAUCAUUGCCACAGUGCUGACCCAGAGUUACAGCUGGAGGUCGAUACUGUUCGUAUCCGGAAUGAUUUGUGUGGUGGCCUCCUUUUUCUGCCUGCUGUUCAUCAAGAAUGAGCCUAAGGAGGUGGGGCUGCCCAACAUAGAGGCAGCAGCCAAGAAAAGCAAAGGAGGAUCCUCCAGUGAUGAGAGCACCCUGUCCGAGUUCCUGCUGUCACCCUACCUGUGGCUGCUGUCUGUGUCCUACCUGGUGGUGUUCGGGGUGAAGACAGCCUGCACUGACUGGUGCCAGCUAUUUCUCAUUCAGGAUAAGGGCCAGUCUACACUCAUGGGUAGCUCAUACAUGAGUGCGCUGGAGGUUGGAGGCCUGUUUGGCAGUCUCGCAGCAGGUUACCUUUCUGACAAGGCGGUGGCCAAGCAAGGCAUGAGACUCUAUGGCAAUCCUCGUCAUUUCAUCCUGAUCUGCAUGAUGGCUGGAAUGUCUGUGUCCAUGUUCCUGUUCAGAGUCACAGUGACUCCUGACAGCUCAAAGGUGUGGAUUCUCAGCUUGGGUGCUGCUUUCGGUUUCUCGUCUUAUGGACCAAUAGCAUUAUUUGGAGUUAUAGCCAAUGAGAGCGCCCCAUCCAACUACUGUGGGACAUCACAUGCCAUUGUGGCCCUGAUGGCUAACAUUGGCGGCUUCCUUUCUGGACUACCAUUCAGCACCAUUGCCAAGCACCACGGCUGGGAAACGGCCUUCUGGGUAGGAGAGGUCACCUGUGGCAUCACCACAGUUGGAUUCUUCCUACUGCGCAACAUCCGCACUAAGAUGGGUCACGUGUCCAAGAAGGCCGACUAAUAACAACAUUACACCUCAUCCUUUGCACCCAGAUGACAGCUGGAUAUUUUGAGCCAUUUUUCUUACUUGAUUUUUUUUUUAAACCGUAGUACUUUCUGUCUUACAGGACAUGGACAUAAAUUAAGCCCUGAGACGUUAAGUGCCUUUUGUUGGAAAAAAAGGUAGUUUAAAGGUGCUUUUCUACAGUAUUUACACUCUGUAAACAAGGUAUCAAUAACAUAAUUUAAAUGACUGCACAUUAUGUUUGCCAUAUAAUGGAAUGUGGCAAAAGUUUCCUCUCUAUAAGAUACUAAUGUAUUUCAAUCAUAGGAACAAAGAACUGCCAAAAGGUUUAAACUGGUAUAUUAUGCAAUAUAUGUGUCUAAAAAAACGACUUUGUAAUAUUGAAUCAUGAAUAAAACAACAAGACUUAAAA